AUGAAAUUUCCAGCAAAAAAGUCAGAUUCAAAGAAAGAAAAUCACAUUAAAGCUCUUGCAGGAUUACGUGGACUUUGCGCCAUAGCCGUCAUUUAUUCGCAUAUCAAAAGCGACUUGUUUCCAACUUUUAAUGUUGUUGGGCACCAUGCUGUGAUUUUUUUCUUUUUUCAAAGUUCUUUUCUCGUUUCUUAUCACCUGCUGAUGCAAUGGAGAAAGCUUGUUGCUUCUAUGGACCUGUCUUCCACAUCAAAAUUACAAAUUCUUACAAAAAAAGUAUCUGCACGGAUGUGGUGUAAUUAUGCUUUGAAGAGGUUUUUUAGAAUUUAUCCGUUGUUUGCACUUGUGCUGAUUAUGAUUUAUUUUGGACCGUCAUUUUUUGACGAUUCAUAUGGCCAAAUUCGGGAUACUUCUACCAUAUUUCAGCAUUUACUGCUUUAUAAGUGUCGAAGCCUCUUUUGGACUAUACCUUUUGAAAUAGUUUUCUAUUUCGUGGCACCUUUGGUUGUGAUAAGCUAUGAUUUUUUUGUUAGCUUUUUUAGAAUUUUUAUCAAUCGACAUUUCAAAUCUAAAAUGUUUUUUGUUUUUUGUAUUCUUAUUAUCAGUCAGAUAUUGUUUUGUGCACUAGUUCCCGAGUUUUAUUAUCCAAUUCCAACGUUUUCCCUGGGAUGUUUUACUGGGUUUAUAUGGGCGGAGUAUCACUAUGCCAAAAAAGGUCUCGAACCACAAUAUUUGGACAUUGUGGACAAUGGAUCACACAAAAGCCAGACAAAAUCCGAACAAAGAAAAAAAGAAACGGGGUUUCGCGUUUUCUUUGAUCUUUUUUGUUACGUAAAUGCGCUAAUUUUUUAUUUUUCACUCGAUAGUGAUUUUCCUACUCGUCGCGCGCCAUUUUCAUGGUGGAAGCCGAGAAUUUUUGACUCUGUUAUGUUUUCAAACAUCACCAUGGCAAUCGUUUUUUUUCCGGGCUCUUUUAGUCGGAUUUUUGAGUGGAAUUUUUUACAAUUUGCUGGAAAAAUAUCUUAUUCAUUGUAUUUAACACAUCCUAUGAGUCUUUUAAUUUCGGAAAGCAUAUUUUCAUGUAUUUUUUCGGCCAAAAUAGUUGCCCCGGAAGAAAUCCAUUUCAACAAAUCUGUUCUUGGAAUUGCUAUUUCAUUGGCAAUUGGUUCAUUUUUCCACUUUAUUAUUGAAAAGCCAGCGAUAAAUUUUGGCAGUAAAAUCAUGAAGGCUUAG